ACUUCCUCCACGCGUGAAGACACGAGCUGCUCUCUAAGCAGAUUAUUGUUAAAGUUUAUGUUCAAUAGUUCAUGAAAGCUUAACGUGAGUCCAACAUGGAGCUAAAGGGAGUUCAUCUGACAGCGGGUUGAGUCUCUUCACGCUGAGCGCUCAUGGAGGGUUUGGAGGAGAAGCUCAAAGGUCUGUCCAUCGCCCGGCGGUCUCGCCCGGAGGAGCCCACCUUCCUCCUGGACGUGUCCCUGCAGCCGGCGGGCCUGCUGGCCGUGUCCUGCUCCGACCUCACCGUCCACCUGCACGACAAGGACACCCUGAGCCUGGUGGGGGCGUACCGGGGCCACAGCGGGCCGCUCUGUGGGGUGGUGUUCUCCCACGCCUCCCCUGACCUGCUCUACUCUGGUUCUGCUGACGGGACGGUCCGGGGCUGGGACGUCCGGCGCCCCGGGUCGGAGGCGGCUCAGGUGUUUAAAGGCGACCCGUCUCACAGCUUCUGCAGCUUCGACCUGAGCUGCGGCGACACGCUGCUGUGCGCCGGCACCGAGCAGGUCAACGAGGAGGACAGCUUCCUGGUGUUCUGGGACGUCCGGAAACCCGCCGCCGGGCUCCUCGGGGUGUACUCCGAGUCGCACAGCGAUGACAUCACACAGGUGCGCUUCCACCCUCGAGAGAAGGACCGCCUGGCGUCCAGCUCCACGGACGGCCUGGUGAACGUUUUCGACCUGAGCCGGGGAGCGGAGGAGGAGGCGCUGCUCGCCACCUGUAACAGCGACUCGUCCGCCGGGUCGGUGUGCUGGUCCGGGGCCGACUACACCCGGCUGCUGUGCCUCAGCCACGACGAGGGGCUGCACCUGUGGGAUCUGGGCCAGCUGGACACGGACGAGCCCCUCACCGUUUUCAGCACCUCGGACGCCCGCGGCCUGCCGCUGCUGGCCGAUGGCGGCGGCGUGGACUACCGUGGGGGCCGGUGGCUGGAGGAGGAGCAGAAGCUGCUGGUGGUCGGGGGGAGGAACGGCGGGGAUCUCCACCUGAUGGAGUGUGACGGCGGCGGGCUGCGUCUGCUGAGGAGCCUCCAGGGCGGCCACACCUCCACGGUGCGCUGCUUCCUGUGGGACGCGGCGGGGAGGCUCUGGUCACGGGGGGAAGACGCUCAGCUGUUGCUGUGGAAACCAAGAGGAGAGGAGCUCAGGACAGGGAGGGGGUCCAUGAAGAGCAAGUCCGCUUUGAGACUCAAAUCCAGACCGCAUAAGAAACACCGCUACCAGAGAGAGAAGAAGGAAACUCCAGAUACUGAAUCUCAAUAACAGAGAAAAACAUUCACACCUGAUGUGACCUUUACACCUGGUGUGAACAGGUGAUCUGUUUUAUUCAGAUAGUGACACCUGAUGCACUGACGUUUGCAUUCACAUCGGGUUAUUUAAUAAAAGAUAUUUGUAUCUUGAUUAUGCCUGCAUUGUGAUGCAUUGUGAUCCGAUCUCUAUGUGUAAACAUGAAGGCAGAGCUGGCUAAAGGAAGGCAAUGACGCGCUGCUGCUACAUGCAACGUGAGAUCAUGUGACAGAUGGAGACAGGAAAUUGCAAACCAAAAAGUAUCCCACCUGGUGCGGUCCAUUUAAUAGAAUCCUCAUUGAAGUGCUUUCUUUAUGAAUUUAUUUAUCAUGACACAAAAAGUAUAUCCAGAUACAGAUUGAAUAUUAAUACAGGGUGUUUAUCAAGUCUUCAACUCAGUGAAGUAGCCAUGUGUCUUCAUUCCAAACUGCAAACAAGUUUUAAAAAGAGUGUUUAAAAUAUGUUCAAGUUGGAAAAUGACCAAAUCUUUAAACUACGUUGCUUCAAUUUCAGUUAAAAUUCAGUCACAUGCCUCGACUCUUUUGGGAUGAACUUGAAAGGGUUUCAAAGACUUUAAGUUUCCUUAAAGAUACAAUGAUAGAAAAGCAAAAUGUGUUCUCCAAGUUUUAAUCCUGUGUCAUUUAUCUCUUGGUACAAGCCGAAUGUACAGUGGGUACGGAAAGUAUUCAGACCCCUUUAAAUUUUUCACUCUUUGUUUCAUUGCAGCCAUUUGCUAAAAUCGAAAAAGUUCAUUUUUUUUCGCAUUAAUGUACAC